AAGAGCAUACUAGUUCUCAACAUAUAACAGAGGCACCAAGAAACUCCAUUGCUGCUGCUAUCUCCAAAGGACGAGGACUGUGCGUGGAAAGCUGGGCACGUUUUGUGGCAUGUUCAUAAAGCCAAAACCACCGCCAUGUUCCAAUAUCAUUGCGAGAUGGCUGUCCACGAGAGAGACCAGAAAAAGUGGGCCCUGAUCCGGAAUGUCAACCAAGCCUUGAAACCCCCCACUCUUUUAUCGGGGGAUUAUGUAUGGAUGGACCUCAAGACCGGGCGGGAAUUUGAUGUUCCCAUUGGAGCUGUGGUCAAGCUUUGUGAUUCCGGGCAGAUCCAAGUGGUAGACGACGAAGGAAAUGAGCACUGGAUAUCCCCUCAGAAUGCCAGCCACAUCAAACCAAUGCACCCAACCUCUAUCCAUGGUGUGGAGGACAUGAUCCGCCUGGGAGACCUGAACGAGGCCGGCAUCCUGCGCAAUUUGCUCAUUCGCUACCGGGAGCAUCUGAUAUAUACAUACACAGGCUCGAUAUUAGUGGCUGUGAACCCUUAUCAGCUCCUCCCAAUCUACUCACCAGAACAGAUACGCCUCUACACCAACAAAAAGAUCGGGGAGAUGCCACCCCACAUCUUUGCCAUUGCAGACAAUUGCUACUUCAACAUGCAAAGAAACAACAGAGAUCAGUGUUGCAUUAUAAGCGGUGAGUCAGGAGCAGGGAAGACCGAAAGCACCAAGCUCAUUCUACAGUUUCUGGCCGCAAUCAGUGGGCAGCACUCUUGGAUCGAGCAACAAGUGUUGGAAGCCAAUCCCAUUCUCGAAGCUUUUGGGAACGCAAAAACGAUUCGCAAUGACAACUCCAGCCGGUUUGGUAAAUACAUUGACAUCCAUUUCAACAAACGGGGUGCCAUCGAGGGAGCCAAGAUCGAGCAGUACCUUCUGGAGAAAUCCCGUGUUUGCCGACAGGCUCAAGACGAGAGGAACUACCACGUGUUUUACUGCAUGUUGAAAGGAAUGACGCUGGAGCAGAAGAAGAUGUUGGGACUUAGGAAAGCAGCCGACUAUAUCUACCUCUCAAUGGGUAACUGUAUUACUUGUGAUGGCAGAGACGACAGCAAGGAGUACUCAAACAUCAGAGCAGCGAUGAAAGUCCUCAUGUUCACCGACACGGAGAACUGGGAGAUCUCCAAGCUCCUGGCCGCCAUUCUGCAUAUGGGGAACUUGCGGUAUGAAGCCCGGUCCUAUGACAACCUGGAUGCCUGUGAAGUUGUUCACUCUGCUUCGCUGAUUACAGCUGCUUCAUUGCUGGAGGUGGAACCUCAGGACUUGAUGAACUGUCUCACCAGCCGGACUAUUAUCACAAGGGGAGAGACCGUCUCCACCCCGCUCAGCAUGGAACAGGCAUUGGAUGUGAGGGAUGCCUUUGUCAAGGGAAUCUACGGAAGGCUUUUUGUGUGGAUCGUGGAGAAGAUCAACGCUGCCAUUUACAGACCUCCUUCCCAGGAACACAAAAGUGUCCGGAGAUCCAUCGGACUCCUCGAUAUCUUUGGGUUUGAGAAUUUCACUGUAAACAGUUUUGAGCAGCUCUGCAUUAACUUUGCAAAUGAGAACCUCCAGCAGUUCUUUGUCCGCCACGUCUUCAAGCUGGAACAAGAGGAGUACAACCUGGAGAACAUCAACUGGCAGCAUAUUGAGUUCACGGAUAACCAAGAUGCGCUGGACAUGAUCGCCAUCAAGCCCAUGAACAUCAUCUCUCUCAUCGAUGAAGAGAGCAAGUUUCCUAAGGGAACAGAUGCCACGAUGCUGAACAAACUAAACUCCCAACAUAAGCUGAAUACCAACUACAUCCCACCCAGGAACAACUAUGAAACCCAGUUUGGCAUCAACCACUUCGCUGGAGUUGUGUACUAUGAAACGAAAGGAUUUCUGGAGAAAAACAGGGACACGCUCCAUGGAGACAUCAUUCAACUGGUUCAUUCCUCGAGAAACAAAUUCAUCAAGCAGAUCUUCCAGGCUGACGUGGCCAUGGGGGCAGAGACUAGGAAGCGUUCCCCGACUCUCAGCAGCCAGUUCAAGCGGUCUUUGGAGCUGCUGAUGAGAACCCUCAGCGUCUGCCAGCCGUUCUUCGUCCGUUGCAUCAAACCCAACGAGUACAAGAAGCCCAUGCUGUUUGACCGGGAGCUCUGUGUCCGCCAGCUCAGGUACUCCGGGAUGAUGGAGACCAUCCGGAUCCGCAGGGCUGGCUACCCCAUCCGUUAUACCUUUGUGGAGUUUGUGGACAGGUACCGGGUGCUCAUGCCAGGGGUGAAACCAGCAUACAAACAGGGGGACCUGCGGGGAACAUGUCAGCGCAUUGCCGAAGCUGUGUUGGGGAAAGACGAUGACUGGCAGAUUGGCAAAACAAAGAUAUUCCUGAAGGAUCAGCACUCACAACUGAGCACUGUAAACAGAGAGAAAAUGUAUAAACAAGGAGAGAGGUAUGACAUAACAUAAUGGAAACAGAACUGAAUGAUUCUAAUCUCUUUUUCUAGGUCGAAUUUCCUGAAAGUGAGGAAUGCAGCGCUGAUGAUUCAGCGGAACUGGAGGGGCCAUAAUUGCCGGAGAAACUAUGGUGCUAUGCGCAUUGGCUUCCUGAGGCUGCAGGCCCUCUACCGUUCCCGCAAACUGCACAAGCAGUACCACAUGGCUCGCAGGCGCAUCAUCGAGUUCCAAGCCCGGUGCCGGGGUUUCCUGGUCCGCCGGGCCUUCCGACAUCGCCUCUGGGCAGUCUUCACCAUCCAGGCCUAUGCCCGGGGCAUGAUUGCUCGCCGCCUAUAUAAGCGUUUGAAGGGAGAGUAUCAUCGUCGUCUGGAAGCUGAAAAGCUACGUCUGCUGGAAGAGGAGCGACUGCGGAAAGAGAUGAGUGCCAAGAAAGCCAAAGAAGAAGCUGAAAAGAAGCACCAAUUACGCCUCGCCCAGCUGGCCCGGGAAGAUGCCGAAAGGGAAAUCAAAGAAAAGGAGGAAGCUCGACGGAAAAAGGAACUCUUGCAGAAAAUGGAGAAGGCCCGAAACGAACCUGUGAACGACUCGGACAUGGUGGACAAAAUGUUUGGUUUCUUGGGAACAACGUCUUCUUUGCCCGGACAAGAAGGACAAGCACCUAAUGGCUUUGAGGAUCUCGAGAGGGUUUCAAAAGACCUCGAGGAAGAUGAUCUGGAUACGGCCUUACCUUUGCCCGAGGAAGAGGAAGAAGACCUCUCCGAGUACAAGUUUGCAAAGUUUGCUGCCACUUAUUUCCAAGGAACAACUACACACACCUACAUUCGCCGGCCUCUCAAGCAGCCGCUCCUGUAUCAUGAGGAUGAAGGAGACCAGCUGGCAGCCCUUGCAGUGUGGAUCACAAUCCUUCGCUUCAUGGGGGACCUUCCCGAACCAAAAUAUCACACAGCGAUGAGCGAUGGCAGCGAAAAGAUUCCUGUGAUGACCAAAAUAUAUGAGACGUUGGGGAAGAAGACUUACAAAAAGGAGCUCCAAGCCUUGCAAGGUGAAGGAGAGAGUGCUCACAUUGAAGGACACAAGAAGAACAGCGUACGCCACAAACUGGUCUCUUUGACACUCAAAAAGAAAUCCAAGUUAACUGAAGAGGUGACCAAACGCCUCCAUGAUGGUGAGUCCACCGUGCAGGGCAACAGCAUGCUUGAGGACCGGCCCACCUCCAAUUUGGAAAAGCUCCAUUUCAUUAUUGGUAAUGGCAUCCUCAGGCCAGGAUUAAGGGAUGAAAUUUAUUGCCAGAUCUGCAAACAGCUGAGCCAAAACCCUUCAAAAAGCAGCCAUGCCCGAGGGUGGAUCCUUGUGUCUUUAUGUGUCGGGUGCUUCGCCCCUUCAGAAAAGUUUGUCAAGUAUUUAAGGAACUUCAUCAACGGAGGCCCUCCAGGUUACGCUCCGUAUUGCGAAGAGAGGUUGAGGAGGACCUUCGCCAAUGGGACCAGGACUCAGCCGCCAAGUUGGUUGGAACUCCAGGCCACCAAAUCGAAGAAGCCAAUCAUGUUGCCUGUUACAUUUAUGGAUGGGACGACAAAGACUCUGUUGACAGAUUCGGCAACGACAGCCAAAGAGCUCUGCAAUUCUUUGGCUGACAAAAUCAGCUUGAAGGACCACUUUGGAUUCUCACUGUACAUCGCUCUGUUCGACAAGGUCUCUUCCCUUGGAAGUGGCAGUGACCACGUGAUGGACGCUGUAUCUCAGUGUGAGCAAUAUGCCAAAGAGCAAGGAGCCCAGGAACGCAAUGCUCCUUGGAGGCUUUUCUUCAGGAAGGAGAUCUUCACGCCUUGGCACAACCCGAACGAAGACAAUGUUGCCACAAACCUCAUUUAUCAGCAGAUUGUGAGAGGAGUGAAGUUUGGAGAGUACCGGUGUGAUAAAGAAGAAGACUUGGCCGAAUUGGCUUCCCAGCAAUAUUAUGUGGAUUAUGGGUCCGAGAUGGUCUUGGAGCGACUCCUGAACUUGAUCCCCUCCUACAUCCCAGACAGAGAGAUCACGCCUUCAAAAACCAUUGAGAAGUGGGCUCAGUUCAUCAUUGCAGCCCAUAAAAAGGGAAUCUAUACCCAGAAGAGAACAGACCCCCAAAAAGUCAAGGAGGAAGUGGUGGAUUUUGCUCGUUUCAAGUGGCCUUUGCUGUUCUCCAGGUUCUAUGAAGCUUUCAAAUUCUCAGGUCCCAGCCUUCCCAAAAAUGAUGUAAUAGUAGCUGUGAAUUGGACAGGAGUGUACUUUGUAGAUGAACAGGAACAGGUCCUUCUGGAACUUUCCUUUCCGGAGAUCACUGCUGUCUCCAGCAGCAGAGGAGGGAAACUCCAAGGACAGAGCUUCACCUUGGCCACCAUUAAAGGAGAUGAGUACACGUUCACUUCCAACAACGCAGAGGACAUCCGGGACCUUGUGGUGACAUUUCUGGAAGGGCUGAGGAAGAGAUCAAAAUACGUUGUCACACUCCAGGACAACCCAAAUCCAAUGGGUGAAGAAUCUGGUUUCCUCAGCUUCCUCAAAGGAGAUUUGAUUAUUCUGGACCAGGACACCGGAGAGAACGUUAUGAACUCUGGUUGGGCCAACGGGAUCAAUGAGAGGACCAAGCAGAAAGGAGACUUCCCAACGGAUUCAGUUUACGUCCUGCCCACCGUCACCAUGCCUCCGUUGGAGAUCGUGGCAUUGGUUACGAUGACUCCAGACCAGAGGCAGGACGUCAUAAGGACAGCUCAGCUGGUGAUGUCUGACAGUGAGGAACGGAUGAAGCCAUAUACCCUAGAAGAAUUCUCCUAUGAUUAUUUUAGACCUCCUCCCAAGCACACGCUCAGCAGGGUCAUGAUCACCAAAAACCGAGGGAAGGACAAGAUGUGGUCUUACACCCGGGAACCAAUCAAGCAGCCGUUGCUGAAGAAGAUCCUGGGCAGCGAGGAGCUGUCACAAGAAGCCUGCAUGGCAUUCAUUGCUGUCCUGAAGUAUAUGGGUGACUACCCCUCCAAAAGAACCCGCUCCGUCAAUGAACUCACAGACCAAAUAUUUGAAGGGGCCUUGAAAGCAGAACCACUCAAGGACGAGAUUUACUCUCAGAUUCUGAAGCAGCUCACAGACAACCACAUCAAAUAUAGUGAAGAGAAAGGUUGGGAGCUGCUUUGGCUUUGCACAGGCCUUUUCCCGCCAAGCAACAUUCUCCUGCCCCACGUCCAGCGCUUCAUUCAGUCUCGGAAGCAUCAUCCGCUCGCCAAUGAUUGCAUGCAGAGGCUGCAGAAAGCAUUAAGGAAUGGAUCUCGAAAAUACCCUCCCCAUCUAGUAGAAGUUGAGGCCAUUCAGCACAAAACUACUCAGAUUUUCCAUAAAGUGUACUUCCCGGAUGACACAGAUGAGGCAUUUGAAGUGGAAUCAAGCACAAAAGCAAAAGACUUCUGCCAGAACAUCUCCAACCGGCUGCUGCUGAAGACAUCUGAAGGUUUCAGCCUUUUUGUCAAAAUCUCUGACAAGGUCAUCAGUGUACCCGAAGGAGACUUCUUCUUUGAUUUUGUCAGGCACCUAACUGACUGGAUCAAGAAAGCUAGACCAGCAAAAGAUGGGAUAGUGCCUUCUCUCACGUACCAAGUGUUCUUCAUGAAAAAGUUGUGGACAAAUACUGUGCCUGGAAAGGAUUCAAUGGCUGACUCCAUCUUCCACUACUAUCAGGAAUUACCAAAGUACCUUCGUGGCUACCAUAAAUGCAGCCGGGAAGAAGUCCUUCAGCUGGGAGCCCUGAUCUAUAGGGUGAAAUUUGAAGACGACAAAUCCUAUUUCCCCAGCAUCCCCAAACUCCUCAAGGAGCUGGUCCCCGAGCCUCUCAUCCGGCAGCUGUCCCCUGAUGACUGGAAGAGGUCAAUUGUGGCCUAUUUCAACAAGCAUGCAGGUAAAACGAGAGAAGAAGCCAAGCUUGCCUUCCUCAAGAUAGUAUUCAAGUGGCCUACGUUUGGAUCAGCUUUCUUUGAAGUGAAGCAAACUACUGAUCCAAAUUACCCAGAACUCCUCCUUAUUGCCAUCAACAAGCAUGGUGUCAGCCUCAUCGAUCGCAAAACCAAGGACAUUCUCAUUACUCACCCCUUCACAAAGAUUUCCAACUGGAGCAGCGGAAACACCUACUUCCACAUUACUAUAGGCAACUUGGUACGAGGAAGCAAACUGCUCUGUGAGACCUCAUUGGGUUACAAGAUGGAUGAUCUCUUGACCUCCUACAUCAGCCAGAUGCUGACGGCGAUGAGCAAGCAACGGAGCGCCAAAGGCAGCAAGUGAACUGAGAGCGGCCACUGGCCAAAGGCUCUGGCGCUGCUGUGCCAGCUGAGGGCGGUGGGCUACCCCUGCAGCUGGGGGAAGACCUUCUCCACCAACGUGUGGAAGAUGAGCCGGACUCCUUCGGAAAGCAUGUCAGACUCCGACUCGGAGGACUGCGGACUGACCUCCCCUUCAAGCGAGGAUGACUAUCUCUGAGCGCAGCCUUUCAUUUUUCACUCACACCGACACACACUUAUUCCUUUCUUGUUCUGGAUUUGAGCCACGGCGCUUCGUUCAGACUGCGGUACAGCAAAACUCCAGUGUGGUUAUUAUUUUUUUAUUUUUAAUAUGGAACCAAAACAGCAGGAGUUGUCAUGGACCGAGUGUGGAAAGGCUAUGCACUGCUUCUUUUGGGGGGGUCUUUCAAAUCAAAAGUAUCAACAAUGGACCAAGGCACUGGGCUAAAAUAGGAGACUCUUUUGGGUUCAGAGUUGAGCCUUUUGGGGGGGGGGGGAGAGAAAGAA